AUGGCUUCGAGCACAUUAAAAACAGUGGAGUGCGGUUAUUCAAGAUCUAUUUUGAAAGACGAGCACAUUUCCCAAAAAUGUAUUUGUACCUUUUGCGACCACGUGCUAAGGGACCCGUUCCAGAGUUACUGUGGGCAUCGAUUUUGCAGAAGAUGUAUCGAAGGACAAGUUAGUGAUGGCAAGGAAUAUUGCUGCCCAAUAUGCGUCGUUGAUGAUCCCGAUUCUAGUGACAUAGUAUUGACAACUGAUAAGAUAUAUCCGGACCGAGCGAUUUUUCGUGAAAUGAAAAGAAUACCAGUUGUGUGUACGAACACUGGAUGUGAUUGGACGGGAUUAUUUAUUGAAUACCAGGUUCAUUAUCAAAGUUGUCCCAAAAUAAAAGUGCAAUGUAAAUAUUGUAACAUCGAACUGCUGAGAGAAAAGCUACUCGAACAUACUGCUAUAGAAGGAGGUGACUGUUCCAGCAAAAGGCAACCGUGUACAUUUCACACAAUUGGAUGUAGUACUCUGGUGGAAAUGGGUAAAGAGGCAGAUAACAACGUUUACGAAAUUCAACAUCACACUGACCUGAUACUUUCAAAAACCAUCGAGUUAGGGAAUGCGAUGGCCUCCUUAGAAGAACGCAAUGUGCAAACACGUCAACUGUGCACGUCUGUCGAACAUUCUACGGCUGAUAUCCAAACGAUAGAGACACGUCUGCAUAAAGUUGAAGCUGACCUUCAGCGUCACAUUGAUGCCGAGAAAAAGAACCACACUGACGUCAACAUAGAUACUGAUCAAGCCGAGAAAAUAAACAACGAGGUACGACAGUUAAAUCACAAAUUAGUUGUAAUAGACAGAAAGGUUAGCACGUCACAAGAGAUUGUGGCGAUGUUGAAUGAAAACGUCGACAGCAAUUCCGAGACUACAAAAAAACUCCAAGAAAAUGGGGAACAGUUGAAUGAAAUGAUACAAUUACUGGAGCGCCAGUGCAAGGCUCAGGACCGCAGUAUUUCGUUGAAAGACGUAGCAUUGGCAGAGCAAGAUUUGAGAAUCCACUCCCUUGAGAUGACGUCAUACAACGGGAUUUUACUUUGGAAGAUUAGCGAUUUCGCUAGAAAGAGACGUGACGCUAUUUCCGGCCGAGCACUUUCCAUAUACUCGCCGUAUUUCUUCACUGAUCGUCAUGGUUACAAAUUAUGCGCUAGGAUUUAUUUAAAUGGAGACGGUAUGGGGAAGGGGAAUCACGUGUCUCUGUUCUUUGUAGUGAUGAAAGGAGAGUAUGACGCAAUCUUAAAAUGGCCAUUUAGACAGAAAGUCACUUUGAUGUGGUUGGAUCAAUCUAAUCGGGAACACGUGAUUGAUGCAUUUCGACCCGAUCCUUCUUCCACUUCAUUUAAACGUCCUAAAGAACACAUGAAUAUCGCUUCUGGAUGUCCACUAUUUAUGCCACUAAACACGAUAGACACACCAGGACGGCAAUACGUAAAGGAUGAUGUAGCUUUUAUUAAAAUUAUUGUUGAUACGACCGACAUGUGA